GAAAGUUUAUGGGGAAAGUUGAGCUGAGCGAGGAACCGGGCGGUGGCUGGAGCAGGCGGGAGGGCCAGACCCCGAUUUCCCUGCUGCUCCUCAGGUGGCCUGACGCUGACAGAGGCAAAAAUCUGCUAACUCAGGGGGCAGACUCAACCGGGGCUGCGAGCAGACCUGGGGAAUGAACCCCCGAACUCGAACCGGCGCCUUCCGCGGCUGCACGGCUGUCUCAAGCUGUCUCUGCCUCUGUGCCUGGCCCUUGCCCUGUCCCUCUCUAGUGUCACCCUACCCUGUGCCACAUGGGCCCUCUGUCUCCUACCAGGACCAUGCGCCUCUGGGGGCCUCGGAGCCUGGGAGUGGCUCUGGGAGUCUUCAUGACCAUCGGAUUUGCCCUCCAGCUCUGGGGGGGUCCCUUCCAGAGGAGGCUACCUGGGCUGCAGCUCCGACAGUCCUGGGCCUCAACCCCAAGACCAGCUGUUCCAUCCUGCCUGCCACGGCAGCGACUCGUGUUCCUGAAGACGCAUAAAUCCGGGAGCAGCUCUGUGCUGAGUCUACUUCACCGCUACGGGGACCGACACGGGCUGCGCUUCGCCCUCCCUGCCCGCUACCAGUUCGGCUACCCAAAGCUUUUCCAGGCCUCUCGGGUCAAAGGCUACCGCCCUCAGGGUGGAGGCACCCAGCCCCCCUUCCACAUCCUCUGUCAUCACAUGAGGUUCAACCUGAAAGAGGUCCAUCUGAUGCCACAGACCGUUUCUCUGCACUGUUCCCCUAUGCCUUCAAAGAGACAUACAGCUCACAGGCUCGCCCUGCAGGCAUGCCCACAUCGGCAGAGCAGACUGGAAGACUCGUCAGGGAGUCAGGUACUUCAGGUCAUGCCUUCUGACAGCUUCUUCUUUUCCAUUGUCCGAGACCCAGCGGCUCUGGCCCGCUCUGCCUUCUCCUACUAUAAAUCCACAUCAUCGGCUUUCCGCAAAUCACCAUCCUUGGCUGCCUUCCUGGACAAUCCCCGAGCCUUCUACCAGCCCGGGGCCCGUGGGGACCACUAUGCACGCAACUUGCUAUGGUUUGACUUUGGCCUCCCCUUUCCCCCAGAGAUGAGGACCAAGAGAGGGAAUCCUCAUCCCCCCAGAGAUCCCAACCCGCCACAGCUGCCUUCUGGUGUUGGCGCGCGAGCCCACACCUUGGAUCCCAAUGCUCUCUUCCAUCCCGUUCCCACUGUUGCUGAUGGUCACAGACAGACGUCCAGCUCUGCCUCUUUAGAUUUGGGGUCUUCAUCCUUCAUCCAGUGGAAUCUGGCCUGGCUGGACUCUGUCUUUGACCUGGUCUUGGUGGCCGAGUACUUUGACGAGUCAUUGGUCCUGCUGGCCGAUGCCCUGUGCUGGGGUCUAGAUGAUGUGGUGGGCUUCAUGCACAACGCUCAGGCUGGAGGUGGGCAGGGCGGAAGUGCUGUCGGCGAUGGGGGACUGACUACUGAGGACAGGCAGCUGUCUGCACGGGCCCGAGCCUGGAACAACCUGGACUGGGCUCUCUAUGUUCACUUCAACCGCAGCCUGUGGGCCCGGAUAAAGCAAUACGGCCAGAGCCGGCUGGACAGUGCUGUGGCGGCGCUCCGGGCUCGCCGAGAGGCCCUGGCUAAACACUGUCUGGUGGGGGGAGAGGCUUUAGACCCCAAGUACAUCACUGACCGGCGGUUCCGCCCUUUCCAGUUUGGGUCAGGUAAGGUUUUGGGUUACGUGCUUCGGAGUGGCCUGAGCCUCCAAGACCAGGAGGAGUGUGGGCGCCUGGCUACCCCUGAGCUACAGUACAAGGACAAGCUAGAUGCCAAGCAGUUCCCCCCAGCAGUCUCUGUGCCCCUCAAGACUUCAAGGCUACCCCCCCCCCCCAGGCAUCAGACCACUGAGUCUUAGGCUGAAAAGCAGCUGAGCCACAGGGGCACAGUGAUGAGUGUCAGGCAGCCAGAUGCCCUUUCUGCUUCCCCCAGAGACCAUGUCUGCUCCCCACAGGACCACUGGAACUUUGCACGGAUGUGGGCCCCACGUCCUCCAGCCUGUGCCGAGGAAUCCUAGUCCCAGAAGCAUCCUCCCCCCAUCUUGCCCCUUCCCCUUUCCAGCACCUCGCCUCCCUCCCCCAGGUCCAAACAGCACUCUCAAAGCCCCCCUGGAGGAGCAAACCAUGGAGUACGGCAGAGAUUGUUUGGGACACAAGGGAUCGGAAUAAUGCGUCCACCUCUCUAUGAAAUAUUUGUUACUGGGCUAUACUCAUUUCACUAUGAAAUGUUUGUUGAAUGAAUAAAUAAUUUGAAACUUU